AUGAAUGGAGACUGGCCAGAGCGAAGCUUGCAAAACCUGGCAUCCGAGACGCUCAAUGCCCAGGGACUGAAGCUGCAGCCAGAUGUGAAGAGCGCCGCGGGAGCCCAGGCCAUUGGCACAUGUUUCAGUGAUUCAGGUAUGAUUUGGGCUGGUUUUGGUCAAGCGAAAGCCCUCGAAGUGUCGUUUCGACGAACUCAAACUGAAGAGAAUGUUCUCUACGAGUGCUUUGGGAUGGUGUUGGCUUCGGCUCACGAGCUGUUGGAGUACAGCCUACAUCUAAGAAGAACCCCAGCUUGUGCAGCAGCACUCCUUGCUCCGGGCGAUGAACACGCGAGCAACAAAGAAAAUGUGUUGUCUUCGAUGAAGCAUGAAUGGGAGACUGUCUUAUUCAUGGAAAGCAGCACGCGAACGCAUGCUUUGUUGAAAUCGCGAUGCCGGUUCACGGACUUUCAGAACUUUCGCGAGAUUCACACGAUGAUGGAGCAGUGCCAAUACAAAGUGACAGAGACUGCAAGGUCUCUCCUCGAGGCCUGGCACCCGCCUUUUGCAUGGUCUGCGAACCUUGAAAGCAUCUUCGGUGAAAUCCAAGCAGCCCUGAAAAAGUCGAACCGCUCUGAGGGAGCAUCUAUGCAAUCGAUGAUGAGCAUUGCAGUGCGAUCUUUGGGUCGCCGUGUUUGCACAGAUGAGACAAGCCCGGCUCCGCUGACCCUCUCCGCUGAUGAUUACAUGGGAAAGCAAACCGCUGCAUUGAAAUCCAAGAUUUGGACUUCUUCAAAUGAUUUUAGUAAUAUCUGUGAUGUUUCGACAAACAUACAACAGGCAAAGUUCAUGCUGUAUACGUUGCACAUCGCCCCGGACUCCUUGGCGAACAAGCUCGGCUGUGGGCUUCUGCUGAGAAGGGGGCUUCAGGAGUACAGCUUGCUGCCUUACUUGGUGGAGACUGGGAAACUCCUUGCACUUCCCAGUGCCUCGCUGACAGAUCUUCUUGUGCAUCAGAAUGUGAGGAUGGCCAAGAAUACAACUGUUGCUUCGAAGAUUCGCAGGCUGUUGGCUGAAGACGAUGUAAAGAAUGGCUGCAGCGAGGGCGCGAUUGCGAGCAUCACGAACGUUCUUGCAGCUCGUGAGGAGAAGAAAAAGAAUCAGAAGGAGAAGGAAGAGGAGAAAGACGAGAGCGAGGAGACACGAUUCUGUUUGAGGUGUUUUGUGUCAUCGUUUCGUUGA